AUGGAGAAAAAUGAUUUUUUAACCAGAAUUUUACCUGUAUCUUCAAAAUCUAUUAAUUUUUAUAAAAAAGAAUCAAAAAAACAUCAUUUUGAUGCAAGCUCUUUGACAAUUUCAUCGCCUGAUACUCUUAAAGCACUUCAAGAGGCAGUACAAGUUCUUAAAGAAGGAAUAUUUCCUAUAGCAUUUCCUACAGAGACUGUAUAUGGUUUAGGAGCGGAUGCUACUAAUUCAAAAGCAGUGAUGUCUAUUUUUCAAGCUAAAAAUCGUCCAUCAGACAAUCCUUUAAUUGUUCAUAUAUCCUCACUUGAUCAAUUACAACGUAUGUUUCAUUCUAAUGUUGAAAAAAUAGAAACAGAAGACAUUAUUCCUCCUAUUUACAUGCCUUUAAUUGAUCGGUUCUGGCCAGGUCCUCUUACUAUUAUUCUUCCAAUUAAAAAUUUUAAAAUUUCACCAAUUGUAGCCGCAAAAAAAGAUACAAUAGCUAUUAGAAUGCCAUCAAAUCACAUUGCUUUGGCUAUCAUUGCACUUUUUGACAUGCCUAUUGCUGCACCAUCUGCUAAUAUUUCAACGAGACCUUCAUCAACACUUGCUUCACAUGUAUAUCAUGAUUUUAAAGGGAAGAUUCCUAUCAUUAUAGAUGAUGGUCCAUGUCAUAUCGGCCUAGAAAGCACAGUAGUUGAUGGUCUUGUGGAUCCUCCAGUGAUCUUAAGGCCAGGAAGUAUUACUAAAGAACAAAUCAAAUCAUGUGGAGGUAAAUGGAAGAACGUUCUUGUCUAUACACAUAAGGACACAAAUGAAGUUUCAGAAACAAUUCCACGUGCACCAGGUAUGAAAUAUAAACAUUAUUCACCUAAGGCAAAAGUUGUAUUAUUUGAACCUACAUCUGAAGAAUCUGUGAUAAAAUGGGUUACACAAAAUAUUGAUGUUAAUAUUGAAAAAAAAACACUAAUUGGAAUCAUGAGAACAAUGCAUUGGAAGUGGGAGCAUUUAAAGGAAAUUUAUUUAAAAUGGAAAACUCUAGAUUGUGAACUUGGGUGUACUGGUAGUGAAAUUACUAAAAAUAUAUUUUCUUCAUUAAGAAAUAUGGAUCUUCAAAAUGUAAAUAUAAUUCUUAUUGAAGGCGUUUCGGAAAAAGACGAAGGGUUAGCAAUAAUGAAUAGAAUUAGAUGUUCAGCAUCUAUAAUUGUUUUGAACUAA